AAAAUGGAUACACGUUUAUCUAAUAAAACAGACGGAUAGUCAUAGGAGGAUAAGAGGGACUACGUCUACGUGUGAUUAGCUAGUACUGGGUAUCGGUUUAUCUUAGUCUUCAUAGCUGACUACAAGCUUGGCAUUUUGGCUGACGCAAACCUUAUAUAUACAUCGAAAACCUUCUCAGCUUCUAUCAACCAAACAUUGUCAGACUAAGAAGAAAAGAUACAAUGAAUAACUAUUACCUAGCAGCAUCAGCCGCUUUUCUUGUAUUGUUCAUUCUGCAAGCUGAAGGAUGUAGCCCAAGUGGAAAGAUCAGGGGAAGAAAGGCGCCGCCAGGACAAUGCAACCAAGAGAAUGGCUCUGACUGCUGUGUCAAGGGUAAGAUGUACACAACCUACAAAUGCUCCCCUCCAGUCAAUGACAACACCAAAGCGACCUUAACUCUGAAUAGUUUUCAGAAGAAUGGUGACGGUGGGGGUCCUUCUGCAUGUGACAAUCAGUAUCACAACGACGACACUCCUGUUGUGGCAUUGUCAACAGGUUGGUACAAAGGAGGAUCGAGAUGCCUAAACAAAAUUAGGGUGAGUGCUAAUGGAAGAAGCGUGGUUGCCAAAGUAGUCGACGAGUGUGACUCUACCAUGGGAUGUGACAAAGAACAUGACUAUCAACCCCCAUGCUCAAACAAUAUUGUGGAUGCUUCAAAGGCAGUUUGGGAAGCCCUGGGUUUGGAUCAGAAUGUAGGGGAGGUUGACAUUACCUGGACUGAUGCUUAGUACCGCAUUACAGUUUAUAUUACCAAUUAACUUAUCCGUAUCGUUUGUGUAAUUAUCUGUAUUGUUUGUGAGUAAAAAUUAAGAAAUGUAAAUUGCUUAAUUGUGACCUA